CGUAUUAGUAAUCGUUUCGGGCCUUCUCUUGUGUUUAUAAUAGCAAGCUGGUCCUGAUGGGCCAUUUCAUUUGGUCUGUCUCUCGAAUAAGUAAUUAGCCACGUGAUAUUUCAUUAAUCAUUCUGUCUUGCGAACCUCCCAAGCAUAUCUCCUGUCAACUCCGAUCUCCAGGAUGCCUCUGUGUGGCCAUCAUCCGGCCAGGCAGUGUGUCUGCAACUAUGCUCUGGUUAAAAUGCGUCCAGGAGCCAACCGUCGUGUGAAGAUAGACACAUUUCUGCAACGAUACAAACUUUCACCUAUCGACUUGCAAGAAAAUUGGCCAGCUUUGCUAAGUCAGAUGCAACAAGCUGGAAAUUCAGUUUUCAACCCCAUCUUUUACUUCGGCAACCAAUUCGCGGGUCCCAGAGAUGCACUGAUCGAGAGCAGCGCUUGGGAUUACAUAAUGACUCGCUGCCGGAUUCUUGAGCGCCAAUCUCGUUUCGGAAACGUACCACCUAUCAUCGGCCGCGAUAGUGAAAACGAAUUGUAUCUUGCAUUCAAGGAGUUGCAAUAUUUAUGGGCUCUUUGCUUCGUCCAAGGAUUACUCAAUGUUUGGAAUUUUUUCGACUCAAAAUUUCAAGACUUCCAAGACGUGUUGGACCGGAUAUGUACUCGCUUAGGAGUGGGUGGCUACGAAAAGGGGCUGUACGUGGAAGUGAUGGAGAUGGGUCGAAUUUUUGCGCCGUUUGUCGCUGAGGCAGCUGAGGAUGGGUUUGUCGACCCGCAAAUUAUGUGGUCGUUUCUGGAGUCAUUCUAUAAGUUGACUGCAUCGAUGGGGCUACAGGUAGUAUACAAAACUCUCGAGGAGGUGCUGUUCGCAACCACUACCAGACAGCGAACUUGGAUCGAGGCAGAGGCAUGGGCUAUGUUGCAAAACCAGAACAGCUACCUAGCUCAAUGUGUUCUUUUAAUCCUAACAUAGGAGCCACCAAGGGAUCUUGCUACGAGAAGAUCGAGAAGCCGAGAACAUGGGCGCGUUUUCUUCACACAAAAAUGUCCACCUUCGAGCCCCAAACUCAAUAUUCGCCGACAAUC